AUGUCUGCUCCAGACGCAGAAAACGUCCCGACCACCUAUGCAGGCCCAGUCCACAUCGGCGUGAUCGGCGGCACAGGCCUCGACCACCUCCCACACUUCCGCAAGGCGGCAGUGCUGCACAUCUCUACGCCCUGGGGAUCACCCAGCUCGCCCAUUACCAUCCUCGAACACCCGAGUCCCACGACUGGCAAGCCGAUCCCCAUUGCCUUUCUCGCGCGCCACGGGCCCCAUCACGAGCUGACUCCGUCGGAGAUUCCGGUGCGGGCGAACAUCGCGGCGCUGCGCAAGAUCGGCGUGCGCAGCAUCAUCGCUUUCAGCGCGGCCGGGUCGCUCGCCGAGGAGGUCAAGCCGCGCGAUUUCGUGGUGCCAGAUCAAUGUAUCGACCGCACAAAGGGCAUCCGGCCACACACGUUCUUCGAGGACGGCUUUGUUCUGCACGUCCCCUUUGCGGACCCGUUCGACAACAAGAUCGGCGAUGUGGUGCGGAAGUGCGGCCACAGUCUGGAGGGCGAGGGCGUCGUGUUGCAUGACAAAGGCACCGUGAUUGUCAUGGAAGGACCACAAUUCAGCACGCGGGCCGAGUCACGCAUGUACCGCAGCUGGGGCGGCACUGUCAUCAACAUGUCGACGCUGCCCGAAGCAAAACUAGCCGCUGAAGCCGAGAUUGCGUACCAGGUCAUCCUAAUGAGUACUGAUUAUGAUUGCUGGCACGACUCCGGCGACGUCACGGUUGAGAUGGUCAUGGGCCACAUGCGAGCCAAUGCCCUGAACGCUCGGCGCUUCAUUGCUGCCGUUCUGGACGAGCUGUCCAAGGAGGAGCACGACGAGCUGGUGCGCGCGACCCACCUCGCUGGGGCCAGGAAGUUCGGCAUCAGCACCUACCCUGCUGGUCGCAAUGAGAAGACUCUCGAGAAGCUAGGCUGGCUAUUUGAGGGGUAUUUCUGA